AUGGAUAAAGUUAUCAAUUGCUUGUUUGCUGCAAUAACCCUGCUGUUGUCCGCCCGAGGGGAAGUUUUUAAAGGCGAUUGUAACUUUGAGAAGCCGCUGGCAGCGUGCGGAUACAGCCAAGGCAGAGACGAUGACCUCGACUGGGAGCAGGUCAAUACCAGAGAAAAGUCCUCAUCAGAUCCAUGGAUGCCCUCAGGUUCAGCUUUCCUGAUGGUGAACACAUCAGGACGCUUUGCAGGACAGAAGGCUUUACUGCUGACACCCCAGCUGAAAGAAAAUGACACCCACUGCGUUUUAUUCCACUACUACAUCGGAGGCAGAGACAACAGCCACCCGGGCCAACUAAAUGUCUAUAUCAAAGAAAACAACAGUCCAAUGGGGAUGCCUAUUUGGAACGUGUCAGGUCCAGCUUCUCGUUCCUGGGGACAGGUAGAGCUGGCCAUCAGCACCUACUGGCCCAACUUCUACCAGAUUGUGUUUGAAGUCGUAACCUCAGGGCAGCGUGGCUUGCUGGCCAUCAAAGAUGUCGUGGUCCAGGGUCACCAAUGCAUGAACACACCACAUUUCCUGACUAUAAAGGGAGUGGAGGUCAAUGCUGGACAGACUGCAUCUUUUCACUGCACCGUCAAUGGACGCAAGAGGGAUAAUUUCCGCCUCUGGCUUCAGGGCAUCGGUGGACGGGAGGCCCCGAUGAAAGCCACUAAACCUUGGAACAACCGCCGCUUCAUAGGCACUUUCGAUGUGGAGAACACCACCAAGGGCGACUCGGGCCGCUACCGCUGUAUCGUCCAUUCAGACAAAGGGGUUGGAGUGUCCAAUUAUGGAGAACUAACCAUAAAACAGCCACCAGUUCCAAUUGCACCCCCUCAGCUAACUGCUGUCGGCGCCACCUACCUGUGGAUUCAACUAAACGCUAACUCCAUCAAUGGAGAUGGUCCAAUCAUCGACAGGGAGGUGGAGUACCGCACCGUGUCGGGCACCAUGUAUGACCUGCAGCCCGUUGACAAGACCACACACAAGAUCGGCCACCUGGACCCUGACACCGAGUACGAGAUCAGUGUUCUGCUGACCAGACCUCUGGAUGGAGGCACUGGAGCACCCGGACCCCCGCUGAGGGCCAGGACCAAAUGUGCAGAGCCCAUGCACGGCCCCCGGAAGCUGGAGGUGGUGGACAUCCAAUCCAAACAGGUGACGGUGCGUUGGGAGCCUGUAGGCUACAACGUGACCCGCUGCCACAGCUACAACUUGACCGUCCAGUACCGCUCCAGGGUGGGCGGAAAAGACGAGACCCGGGAGGAAGUUUGUUAUGACACCCAAAGCCGCGAUCCUCAGCACACCAUCCACAACUUGACGCCUUUCACCAACCUCAGUGUCAAGCUGGUGUUGCGUAACCUGGAGGGUGUUAAGGAGAGCACUGAGCUGGAAGUUCAGACUGAUGAGGAUGUGCCAGGGGCCAUUCCUCUGGAGUCCAUUCAGGGCAGCGCUUAUGAGGAGAAGAUCAUCCUGAAGUGGAGAGAACCUGCUCAGACCUAUGGGAUCAUCAUACAGUAUGAGAUCUCCUACAAGGCGGUAAGCUCCUUUGACCCCGAGCUGGACCUCUCCAACCAGAGCGGGAAGGUGGUGAAGCUAGGAAACGAGACCACUCACAUGUUCACAGGCCUCUACCCAGGCUCUACUUACUCCUUCACCCUGCGCGCCAGCACAGCCAAGGGCUACGGCCCCCCUGUCAUCACCCAGUUUACUACGAAGAUCUCAGCUCCCUCCAUGCCGGCGUAUGACCAGGAGACCUCUCUGAACCAAACAGACAGCACCGUCACUGUACUGCUUAAACCUGCCCAAAGCAGGGGUGCACCUGUGAGCGCCUACCAGGUGGUGGUGGAGGAGGAACGUCCACGCAGAGCACGCGGCACAGCAGAAAUCCUGCGCUGUUACCCGGUUCCCAUUCACUUCCAGAACGCCACGCUCCUAAACUCCCAGUACUACUUCACUGCUCAGUUCCCUGCUGCUGGCAUCCACUCGCCUCAGCCCUUCACUGUCGGGGACAACAAGACCUAUAAUGGCUACUGGAAUGCCCCUCUGCUGCCCCAGAAGAGCUACAGCAUCUAUUAUCAGGCUGUCAGCACAGCCAACGGGGAGACCAAGAUCGACUGCGUUCGAGUAGCCACCAAAGCCGCCAUACUCGUGACUCAGCUCACAACUCCCUACAUCCGCAUCGCCCCAGCAGCCGGCGACAACCAACUAACAGGAGCAGCCACUCACAAACCUGAUGCUGUGGAGCCAGAAAAACAAACAGAUCAUACGGUGAAGAUUGCUGGGGUCAUCGCUGGCAUCCUCCUCUUUGUCAUCAUCUUCUUGGGAGUGGUACUCCUCAUGAAAAAAAGAAGAACCUAUCACUCCUACACUUACUACCUGAAAUUGGCCAAGAAGCGUAAAGAGACACUGAACAGCACCCGCCAGGAGAUGACAGUGAUGGUCAACUCCAUGGACAAGAGCUACACGGAGCAGGGUACCAACUGUGACGAGGCGCUCUCCUUCAUGGACACACACAACCACACGCUGAACACCCGCAGCGAGUGUGCGCUCACACUCAACGGCCGCAGCGAGUGCACCCUCACUCUUAACGGCAGAGCUGGAUCCUCUCCCUCUUCCUUCACACUGCCUAAAGCCAACACUCUGAGCACUUCCAUCCCCACCAACGCAUACUACCCAGAUCCCUUUGUGCCAACUGCCAUCUUAGUGCCCAUUAAUGAUGAGAGCCAGAAUAUGGGCAGUGACACCAGCAGCCUGGUGCAGUCACACACUCACUCCCUGAGGAAGCGGGAGCCCGUCGACGUGCCGUACCAGACGGGUCAGCUGCACCCGGCGAUCCGCGUGGCAGAUCUCCUCCAGCACAUCACCCAGAUGAAGUGUGCGGAGGGCUACGGCUUCAAGGAGGAGUACGAGAGCUUUUUUGAAGGACAGUCUGCACCAUGGGACUCUGCCAAGAAGGAUGAGAACCGCAUGAAGAACCGAUAUGGGAAUAUUAUUGCAUAUGAUCACUCCCGUGUCAGGCUGCAAGCCCUGGAGGGGGAACAGAGCUCCGAUUACAUUAAUGCAAAUUACGUUGAUGGCUACCACAGGCCAAAUCACUACAUCGCUACUCAAGGCCCCAUGCAAGAGACGGUCUUCGACUUCUGGAGGAUGGUCUGGCAGGAGAACACGGCAGCUAUCGUCAUGGUGACCAACUUGGUGGAAGUGGGCAGGGUGAAGUGUUGUAAAUACUGGCCUGACGACACAGAGAUCUACAGAGACAUCAAGGUGACGCUCAUAGAGACGGAGCUGCUGUCGGAGUAUGUCAUCAGGACUUUUGCUGUAGAGAAGAGAGGGGCUCACGAGAUCCGGGAGAUCCGACAGUUUCACUUCACGGGCUGGCCGGACCACGGCGUGCCCUAUCACGCCACAGGCCUGCUGGGGUUUAUUAGGAGAGUCAAGUCCAAGACCCUGACCAAUGCUGGGCCAAUGGUGGUUCACUGCAGUGCCGGGGCCGGUCGGACAGGUUGCUUCAUCGUCAUCGACAUCAUGCUGGACAUGGCAGAGCGAGAAGGUGUGGUGGACAUUUACAACUGCGUGAGGGAGCUGCGCUCGCGGAGGGUCAACAUGGUCCAGACUGAGGAGCAGUAUGUUUUUAUCCAUGAUGCCAUCUUGGAGGCAUGUCUCUGUGGCGACACCACCAUCCCCGCCAGCCAGCUACGCUCUGUCUACUACGACAUGAACCGCCUGGACCCGCAGACCAACUCCAGCCCCAUUAAGGAGGAGUUCAGAACCCUGAAUAUGGUGACUCCCACGCUGCGGGUGGAAGACUGCAGCAUCGCCCUGCUGCCAAGGAACCACGAGAAGAACCGCUGCAUGGACGUCCUGCCUCCAGACCGCUGCCUCCCUUUCUUGAUCACCAUCGACGGGGAGAGCUCCAAUUACAUCAACGCUGCCCUUAUGGAUAGUUACAAGCAGCCUUCCGCAUUCAUCGUGACCCAGCACCCGUUGCCAAACACAGUGAAGGACUUCUGGAGAUUGGUGCUGGACUACCACUGCACAUCCAUAGUAAUGCUCAACGACGUAGACCCAGCCCAGUUGUGCCCACAGUACUGGCCAGAAAACGGAGUCCACCGCCACGGACCUAUCCAGGUGGAGUUUGUCUCUGCGGACUUGGAGGAGGAUAUCAUCAGCAGAAUAUUCCGGAUCUAUAAUGCAGCGCGGCCUCAGGACGGCUACCGGAUGGUGCAGCAGUUCCAGUUCCUGGGCUGGCCCAUGUACAGAGACACGCCCAUGUCCAAACGCUCCUUCCUCAAGCUGAUUCGACAGGUGGACAAGUGGCAGGAGGAGUACGACGGGGGCGAGGGACGCACUGUGGUCCACUGUCUGAACGGAGGCGGUCGCAGCGGGACAUUCUGUGCCAUCAGCAUUGUGUGUGAGAUGCUUCAACAUCAGCGAUCUGUGGAUGUUUUCCAUGCUGUCAAAACACUGAGGAACAAUAAACCCAAUAUGGUGGACUUACUGGACCAGUACAAGUUUUGUUAUGAAGUGGCGCUGGAGUACUUGAACUCUGGGUAA